AUGGACCAAUUCUCUGCGAUUUUCCGCAGAAUUACCCUCCAUUCACCUUCACAGUCAACUAAGCUUAUCUCUUGGAGAAAACAGAGUCCAGAAUGUCUGGGUUAUACUCAGAUGCCAACUCUAACAUUUCAUGCUGUCCUUGGGAAAACUGAGGAAGCCGAGGAAGCUGCGCCCUGCAGCUGCGUGCCCAUCUCUCAGCGCCAUAGACCGAGGCUGCUGGAACCCAGCGUAGUUUUACUUUGUCCCCGUCCCCCUCUCAGUCCCUGGUCCAACAGGAUAUUGACCAAAGUCCAGUACGACGAGAUAGCCCAGUGCCUAAUGUCUGUGCCGCCCACCAGGCAGAGUCUGAGGAAGCUGAAACAGAGGUUCCCCAGUCAAUCGCAGGCCACUCUGCUGAGCAUCUUCUCCCAGGAGUACCAGAAACAUAUUAAAAGAACACAUGCCAAGCAUCAUACUUCAGAAGCGAUUGAAAGUUAUUAUCAGAGGUACCUGAGUGGAGUGGUGAAAAAUGGAGCUGCCCCAGUGCUCCUGGAUCUGGCCAAUGAGGUGGACUAUGCACCCACAUUAAUGGCAAGGAUUAUACUGGAGAGGUUUCUACAGGAACAUGAGGAAGCGCCACCCUCCAAGUCUGUUAUAAAUAGUAUGCUACGGGACCCUUCUCAGGUUCCAGAUGGAGUUCUCGCAAAUCAGGUCUAUCAGUGCAUUGUGAACGACUGCUGUUAUGGCCCGCUGGUGGACUGCAUCAAACACGCCAUUGGUCAUGAGCACGAAGUCCUGCUGCGAGGCUUACUUCUCGAGAAAAAUCUCUCCUUUCUGGACGAAGAUCAGCUUCGUGCAAAGGGCUAUGACAAAACCCCAGAUUUUACUUUACAACCACCACGCCUACCUGCAUGACCAGUUCUGGAGCUACUGGAAUAG